ACGCCAAAUUUGUCUUCACUCGAAUGAGUUGAUUGCGAAAGAACAGGAGAAUUUUAUACAAUUGUCUUCACCUACACUGCACCAUUUUGUAUUGAUAAUGAAAUGAUAUCUUCAAUGUUUCUAUAGGGCUGAAUCAACAAUGGCAGUGGCAGCCUUCAAAUCUUCCUCUCGAAGGCCAACAAAUUCAUCAUCACUAUCCUCCUCCAAAGAAGAAACCAAACCCAACUCUCCGAACAAACCACCUACUCGAAGAUCAAGAAGCGUAAGCGCUGUCUCAAGAUCCCACCUCCAAACUUCAUCACCAUCAUCGGAUUUCUUGAAUAAAAGAGACAAUCCUCUCUAUUGGACCACUGUGUCCCCUCCCGACAAUGAAAAUCCCAAGUCUUCGGACGCUGAUACUAGGAGGGGAAGAUCUGUGUCCAGAAACGCAGAUGUAGCUGAAAACGUUUUCGGUAGCAGGAAAGAUAUCGGUAGGAGUCUCUCCAGUGUUUACACAGGGCGCCGCCGGUCUUUGUCCCGGGGUCCCGUGGCCAGAACUCAUCACUUGAAUUCUGAGUGUGAUGUUGAAAGAGGAGAUAGCUUGUUGAGCAAGUGCACAAGUAGAAAUGUUAAUGGCUCAAAUGUCGGGAGGAAGGGUAGUUUAGUUAGAGGUAGUAGUUCUGAUUCGCUUGAACAUAUUGAAAGUUUGCAGGCGUCAACACGGGGUUCUGCCGCAAAUUUGUCUUCUUCGCCAACUUUGAGUUGGGAUGAUGGAGUUUUGCGAAGCUCUUUCUCUGAAGCUGAAGAGAGAACUAGUAGAGCUAUUUGUGAGCAAAUGAAGUCAUUCCAUGGAAGUCAGUUGGGAGAUGAUGCCUCUAGUCGUAUAUAUGAAACUGUACGAUCUGAAGUGAGACGAGCUAUUGCUGACAUCCAAAAUGAUCUUGAAAGUGCUGUCCGAAGGAGUAAUGCGACAGCUAUUGCAGCCACCAAUGUAACUGACAUUCCUCCUGACUUGGUCAACCCAAGUGCAGUUGAAUUAGUUUUGGACAUCAGAAGAGAAUAUGCCAAUAAGCUUGAGCAGUCCCAAGAACGGGCUAGGAAACUUCGAGCUGACCUGGCUGUUGAGGAGCACCGUGGUUUAGAGCUGAAUAGAAUCCUUAGGGAAGUACUUCCAGAUCCCAAGAUCUCGCAUGUGCAAAAGUCUCGUUCAGGAAGAAAGUCUAGCAUUGAAAGAAGGAAGAUGUCAAAAAGAUUAACAGAAGAAGCUAUGGCUUAUUUUGAUGAAUGCGUCUCACUUUCAACUUUUGAUAGCUCUGAUUUUUCUUCGCAAGAGGACCCGCCAAUCAGCUUAGUUGGCAUUAGUACCCCUGCUGGUUAUCUUACAUCCGUUUCCCAAGCCAACAAUAGCAUUGCAGCCAACCACUGCGUAGACAAUUGCCCUAAUGAUAAACAGGAAUGGGGCACGUCUACCAGCCGCAGUAAGGACUGCACUCCUCAUGAAAGUUCAGAAGUGCGACGGGGCAGCCAAAGGUUUCAGUUUUCUAUUGCUCGCAAUCAAAAUGUCACAUUUGAAUUUCAGAAUGACAUUGGGAAGUAUGUCAAAAAUUUUCAGAGACAAAAUGAAAGAGUUGAUAUCAAUUCACAAAUUUUAAGAUCAAAUCAGAGUGAUCUGGAGGAAUACAAUUUGCUGGCCUCAUCACAAAGCUUGCUGUUUGACGCGUUGUUUUUUAGGAACAAAAUCGAGUCUGGUUGUAUGCUAUUAUGCGGUGGAGGCAUGACAUGUUGCUUUGCCUUUUUAAUCUAAAUGAAAGCAGUAGGAGACUUCAAUAUCAACAACAGUGUUUCAUUUGCCACAUGUUUGUAUUGUGGGUAUUCAAAAAUAUUGAAAUACUUGAUGUUGGCUUUAUCAAUAAGAAGCGGAAUUCAUCA